UAAACAGCCCCUGAAUAACAUCUCUUCUCCGCGAUAAUCAACCAAUCGCACCUCACCUGAGCACCUGACCUCGCCUCGGAUCUCUCGAUUCGCCGGCGGCGGACGCACGGCCAGCCUUCUCCGCAGCCUCGCCUCGCCUCGCCUCGCGCCGCUGGCGAGCAGGGCCGGGAGGCGCCGCACUAGCCUCCUCCUCCCCAGCCCGCCCACCCGGCCGGCCGGCGAGCAUCUCGGCUCGAAUCGAAUCGAGCCGGAGGGACCCCAUUCCUUCCUCCGCGGUCGCCGCUUCAUGCGCCGGCGGGGCCUGCGCCGUGCCGGAGCGCGAUGAACAGCCAGGGGUUCGGCCCCGGGAGCCCCAAGUCGUCCUUCCGCUACCCGAGGGGGGACCUGGAUCUCGAGUCCGGGAUCGCGCGCAAGGCGCGCAGGCCCAAGGCCUCCCACCUCGACGGCCCCGGCUUCCUCACCGCCGCCCUGGCGAAGGCCCGCUACCUCUACGAGGCGCACCCCGUCGCGGUGGCCCUCGUCCUGCUCUCCGUCGGGCUGAGCGUCCUGAUCCUCCUGUCGGUGUACGAGACCCGGUUCAGGGCCAUGGGGAGGAGCGGCAGCGGCGGCGCGUGGUCGAGCGACGCCGGGGAGCAUCCGCUCCGGGGCCUCCGCAACCUCGUGAUGGUGGCCGGGCACUCGAUCUACACGAGCGGGAGCUGCGGGAGGAUUGACCGUGAGGAUUCCUGGUUCCUGGAGCCGUACCAGAAGCAUCCCGGCCAGGCGGCCACCUUCCUGGCGCAUAUCAAGGAAGGCGUGGACAUCGCGGCGAGGGACGAGGAGGCGCUUCUGCUGUUCAGCGGCGGCGAAACGAGGAAGGACGCAGGGCCCAGGAGCGAGGCUCAGAGCUACUGGGCUAUUGCUGAUUCCAAAGGCUGGUUCGGAAAUGAUGAAAGUGUAAGGAAUCGGGCACUCACUGAGGAACAUGCUCGUGAUAGUUUUGAAAACCUCCUAUUUAGCGUUUGCCGUUUCAGAGAACUCACUGGAAAUUACCCGCAUAAUAUAACUGUCGUAAGCUAUGAUUUUAAGGAGGAAAGGUUUGCGCAAUUGCACAGAUCUGCUCUUGGAUUCCCUGAAGGGAGAUUCUUCUUCUCAGGCACCCCCGCUACACCGACCGCAAGGGAGGCUGCUAUCAAGGGGGAAGCCGCUGUCAGGUCUCAGUUCCAGGAAGAUCCUUAUGGAUGUUUAGGUUCUCUGCAUAUGAAGAGGCUUAAGAGGGAUCCAUUUCACCGUGCCAUUCCGUAUCCCAAUGGUUGCCCUGAGCUGAAGGGUCUGUUCUCGUAUUGUGGCCUGGUACCUUUCCCAGGGCAGCUUCCUUGGACCCAAUAGCUUGAUGGCUACCAACCUCGCACAAUACAACCUUCUCUCAGUGCCCUGGCUCUGAAGUCUGAACUGACAAAAUAGCUACUUGUGAAUUGUGAUGUAUUCUUCCUGACUAAGACAACAUCUACAUUGCUGAGAUUUUUUUUUCUUUUUUUUUUUGUAAUGGUGCAUAUCACUUGAUCAAUAUAUGUUUUUUUCAGUGUGAUUUGCCAUCUCUGUACUGGGAAAUUUGAAAUUAUUACUGGAGACAGUUCUC